UGAAUUUAGCUUUAAAAUGUGAGUUUAUAAAACAUGAGUAAGAAUAACACAACAGAAAAAAGAGAUAUGGUCAUUACACGGGAAAGUUUGCGCAUUCCUAGAACUCGCAGUACAACUACUAGAUGCCUGACUCCCCAACAACAAGAAACUAAGGAAGAGGUUUCUACCCUCGAAAUAGAGCCACCAAUCAGACAACCAAAAUGUCGUAGACAGUGGGAACAGUGGAGUGAAGAAGACCAAGAAUGUUUUUUUCAAGGGUUAGCUGAACAUGGAAAAGAUUAUGCUAAAAUAAGAAUAUUUAUGCAGAAAAAAAGAAAAUUCAAGAGUAGUGAUGAUGCAAAAACUAGUGAACAAAUUCGUUAUUUUUAUCAUAGAACGUGGGCAAAAAUAUCUAAAACAUUACUGCUAUUACCUGAGCCUGACCCCAAAAAAGCUUGCAGACGUGAAAUGCACUACAUGAUAUGUUUAGGUGAACUCAGAAAAAAAGGUGUUCAUGGCUUAGGUGAGAAAGUUGCAAAACAACUUGAUGAACUUGUUACUAAAGGUUCAACUUAUGUGAGAUACAAAGGGCGCAAUGUUAGGGUUCGUCCUCCCAAUAGGUUUUUAAAAAAACUAUACAGAGAUAAUAAUAGUAUACCUGAUAUUACAUUACCAAAAUGUGUGAGCAUUGAGUUCUUGCCCUACUCGAACUCAGCAUUUAAUUAUGUUCAGAAGCAUGCAUUUAACCCUCGUUUGAGAUUUUUAAAUGUUAAUAUUAAUGCUAAAUUCUCAGAAGUAUUUGAUAUGUUUGAUAGACGCUUUAAUGAUUUGUACACUAAUGAAAAUUUAAAUCUUUUAAUUUACCCUUCACUGCCAGAUGACAUUGAUCAAAAUCAAUAUGAAGAGAAGUUAUCUCAUGCAAAAGAUAUUUUUGAAAAUAAGAAAUCAGAAACACCUAUUGUAUUGGAAGAUGCUCUUAGAAGUUCAGACAAAGAAGAAUUGCCUGUAACAGAAGAUGAAGAUACAUGUUGUGAGUUUCCAAAAAUAUUUGGAAUUAAACAUCUCAAUAAAGAACCAAUAGCACAUUCAGAGCCUGUUCCAGAAUCUUUUAAGGGCUACUUUACUUAUUCCACAGCAGAAAAAGUUCAUCUGAGAACACUUUUUGUUGCAGCAGGCCAAAAAGAACUUUUGAAAUUUAAGUAUGAUUGGAAACUGUUUGAAGAGAAAAAACCGUCUUUUUAUGUUGAUACCCUUCAAUUUUUAGUGACAUUAUCAAAAGCUGAAAAUGAAAAAAAACAAACUAAGAUAAAGCCUAAGGCCAAUGUUAACCCUCAAGUUAAACAAAAUCCAACUAUUUGUGCUAAGGAACAAAAACUUGUAGUACCAGGUGUUAUUUCCAAUGCAGCUCUUAAUGGGAUACGUGUUGUAAAUGGAAAAGAAUUUGCCAUUCCUUUUAGACCACGUCCUGGUCGAAAAGUACCUAUAAGUUCAACUCAAAGGAUUAACCAAAAUAGGUUGUUAAUACCAAGAGUUGGUUCCAACUCAAACAGUUUAAGUAAUGCUGUUGCAGUUAAUUUAAUACCACAACCAGAGCAGCUUGUACAGUUUGCUAACCUUCCACCUGAAUCUAUCAUGUUAGUUAAUAGUGAAAUUUCUAAAAAUUCGCUUUCCUCACAAGUAUAUUCGUCACAAGUUGGUGCACCUGUAUAUAGUUUUUAUGAACAGUCAUCUACUCAUCCUUAUGGAAAUAUCAACAGUUCUAGUGCAGAUACACAAUUAUCUUAUGAAGAAGUAGUAUUGGAUGAGGGUUUUAAUAAUCAGCAUUUUAAGUCUUUAUCGAACAUUAUAACCACUGCAUCUGCAUUUCAGAAUGAUCAAAAUAAAAAACUAAAUUUGUUACAAACACCAAAUAAAAAGGCUUCUCAACCUGUCCCAUCUUCUCCUAAUCUUGACUGGUUAAAUGCUGAAUCAGUGGAUCUCACAUUGACUGAAUCAUGCUUUUUGAAUGUCUGUGAGAUGCAAGCAUUGCAGCAACAAAAGGAAUCAAACUGCUUAGAAAUGUUAUUAAAUGAUGCAAAUUCACAGCAUUCAAAAAGUCUAAAGGCGAUGGUACUGCAUUCCUUAGUUUCGAAUGAUCGUGCAGUUGAUCCCGUUUUACCGAUGUUUCACAACGGAGAAUCAUCGCACGGUCCUCUCGAUGGACUUACCUUUGAAUUAUCUAAUCAAGGCGAGAUUAAACCGAAAGAGCAUUACCUCUAACCUUUAAUUCGCACCGUAAUUGUAAAACCAAAGUGCAAAUAGUUUUAUUUAUAAAAAUUUUUAAGAAAUCUUUUAAUUAUUUAUUGAAGAAUUUUUUUUUUUUUUUUUUUUUGUUAAUUUAUCGAUAAAUUAUUUUUUACAUAAAAAAAACUUUUGUAUGAAACAGCUUUUAAAACUUCCCAAAAAAUUGUUAAAACCUUUUAAACAUUUUUUUGGCCUUGCACUUCGGUUUUAUGCUCAGGUAACGAAUUGUACGCUCAGGUUACGAAUUGUACGCUUAGAUUACUAAUUGCACGCUCAGGUUACGAUUUGUUCGCUUAGGUUACGAACUGUACGCUUAAGUUACAAAUUGCACGUUUAGGUUACGAACUGUAACUUCCAAAUUUAAGUAGUCUAAAUUACCUUAUCGGAAAAAACUCUAGUGAAACUAAAUUUUUACUUAAACAAUUAAUUUUAUUUUAUUAAACACGUGAUUACAAGGUAAAUGAAUUUUAUAUUUACAAGGUUAUAUUAAAAAUUUUAGUCUUAAAAAAAUUUAGGUACUUUGGUACAACUUUAAGUUUUUGGUCACUUGUCCGAUAAGGCCACGUAAUUAUUACGACGUAAUUAUUACGACGAAUAUUUUUUUGUAAUAAAAUGCCUGCUAAAAUUUCUUAGACAAAAGGGUCACCAAAAACUGAAAAUAAUUCAAAUGUUUAUAAGUUUAAAAAGUUUGUAUAUUAAGUAUAUAUUUAUUUAUUUUAUAAAACAAUUUUUUAGCUUAAGUGGUUUCUUUUUCUUUAUGUUUUUGGUUUUAUAAGUUAUAAAAAAUGGUUUCGAACAUUUAUAAAAUGAAAUUCCCGUUGUUAUUGUAACACUCGAUAAUUUUGGGCUUCUUUUAUGCUCAACAUUCUUUGAGUUUCUUCAUGUUCACGUUGCUUCGUUUUUAAAACGUUAGUUAACACUUCGGUUUGUUAUUUUUAAGUGUUUUAUCAGAAUAUUUUUUUUAAUGUAUUUUUUAAAUCUCCCUUUUAAUUUUAACUGUUACGUCAGAUAGAUUUUUUCUUUUUUAACAGAAAUUUCUUACUUAAAUGUAAUGUUAUGUUCUUGAAAUAGCGUUUUAUUCUUUUAGUUAAA